AUGCCUGAAUCGAAACCAAAAGUCGUUGUGGUUGGUGCCGGAGUCACAGGUCUCACUAGUGGGCUCCUUCUUCUCAAGAAUGGCUACGAUGUCUCCAUCAUUGCCAAACACAUCCCCGGUGAUUUCGAACUUCUCUCCUCUAAAGCCGGGGCCCAAUGGUCAUCACAUUCCGGUCCAGAUGAAUUCACUUUCCAAGAGUACGAUAAGCCAGGAUACUACGAAUUCCUCAAGCUCGCUCGAGAAGAACCAACUUCCGGGAUCCACGAGGUGUUAGUCGACCAUUAUGCCCACAAGGACUACGUUUCCGCCUACAAAUUGCCAUGGUUUGAACUGUACGUCCCAGGGUUUCAAAAACUCGACCGCAGCAACUUCAAGUUCCCUAGUGAUGACCUUGUCAAAGGUCAUCGUUACAAAUCGGUCACCAUCACCACCCCACACUACCUUGCGUAUCUUUAUGCCAAAGUUAUUGAGUUCGGGGGUACCAUCAAAAGAGCCCGUAUCGAUCAUAUCAACGAUGCCAACAAGUACCAUCAUUCUGGAGAAACCCCUGAUUUGAUCAUUAACGCCACAGCAUUGGGGGCCCGGUUCCUUGGAGGGGUCAACGAUCUCAAAAUGUACCCGGUGAAAGGUCACAUCGUGGUGGUUUCCAAUUCCUGUUAUAACCAAAAGAUUGUCCAACCGGUCCCAGGAAGUGAAGUCCCAGGGGAAGCGUUCUAUAUCAUGAACCGUAAAGAAGGUGGAUCGAUCAUUGGUGGGUGCUAUCACCCGGUAAAGAUCGACGAAAUGGAUUUCAAGAUCGAUGAUAAAUUGACCCAAAGAAUCUUGACCAGAGCCAAGAAAUACGCCCCAGAAUUGUUGGAUAGUAAAGCUUUCCCGGAAAACAAGCCUGAAUUGGACAUUGUCACCGUGUACGUUGCUUAUAGACCAACCCGUGAAGGAGGGAUAAGAUUGGAACGUGAAGGGAAAAUCAUUCACAACUAUGGUGCCGGUGGUACUGGGUAUCAAUCUUCAUUCGGUACUGCGGCUGGCGUUCUUAAAUUAGCCAAUGAAUAUAUCGCAAAGACUAAAGGUUCAAAGUUAUGA